AAGUUCAAGUGCCCAUAGGAGAGAAUAUUGUGAUAAUUAUGAAGUGCCUGCUGUAAGACAGUAAUUACCUCACAUCUAUUGUAAAUUAUAGCAUUUUAUCUAAGAAUUCUAUCCAAAGUACAGAAAACGUAUUAAACACAGAAUUUGUGAACAAAAAGAAAACAAAUUAAGCUAUGCAACACUUUACAACAAUUAUGAAUACCCGGGUUCAGUUACCCACAAUAAACAUAACAUCCCAAACCAGCUGGUCAAGGUAAGACUCUCCACAAAACAGAAUGAACUAGAGGUUAUGAUCAUUAAGAACAAAUAAAUGAUUAAUAAUUGUAACCUGAUGGGUUAAUAAUUAGCCAGUCAUCUCACAGUUUGAGCUGGCUCUUCCCUUUUAAUAAAUAGCAUCCGAAUGAACAGGGAGAGCCCUCACCUCCCUGCUAGCAUCACCAUCCUACACUGCGCUAUAACAUCCGCAAUGGCGUUCAACGGGACCUGGCAGGUCUAUGCUCAAGAGAACUACGAAGAGUUUCUGAAAGCUCUUGCAUUGCCAGAUGACAUUAUCAGAGUCGCCAAAGAUAUUAAGCCUGUUGUUGAAAUACAACAAAAAGGAGAUGACUUUGUUGUGACAUCAAAAACGCCCAAGCAAUCUGUAACUAAUUCAUUUACACUUGGAAAAGAAGCUGACAUUACUACUUUAAACGGCAAAAAGCUAAAGUGCACUGUGAACAUGGUAAAUGGGAAGCUUGUGUGCAAGUCAGAAAAAUUCUCUCAUGAGCAAGAAAUUAAAGGAAGUGAAAUGGUGGAGGUAAGUGUCAGAAAAUCAUGGCACAUUAAGAAAAAUACUGAAGGAAAAAGUGUUCUCUGUUGCUUAACUCUUAGUGUAGGCUCAGUACCUUAAGCAAAUCCCAGCCCCUAAAUUACUGCAUUACUUGCAGAAUUCCUUGUGGGUGCUUAAAUAUGCAGAUACAGAAUUUUAGUAUUUCAAACUAAGCACAGUUAGUGGAAAAUACUAUUAGUAAACUUUAUUAUUCCUGUUUCUUAUUAAAACCAACUGCCUUAGACAACUCUCCUUUAAACGUUGGUCAUAUAUUUAAUACAUCCUGCUCAACAAAUCUUUUUAUUAAUUACUACCCUGGGGCCAAUUCUAGGCACUGAAGUGUGAAGGGCUUUAGCUGCUGAGCAUGUUGCAGAAAGACUCCUUAUAAAUUCCUCUAGAUUACUAUAGCAGUGUUUCCACCCUUAGCUUUAUCCACAGCAUUAAAUCUGAAAAGAAAGUAAAGGCUGAGUCAAACCUGAAAAUUUAGAAUAUACUCCCUUCCACCUAAAAUUCUUCAAAGUUCUUUAGUUCUAAAUUGUUCAGUACUGGCAAAGAGCUUUUCUCUACAGAGUUAAGCUCAUUAGGCUUCUAAGAAGUGUCCACCUGGGUAAAGACUACUACAGGAAUGACAGGUAACUACAUUAAAAUUAUAUGGUUUGGACAUACAAUUUCCUAAAAUUAUUUUGAGGGUCUCAAACUACUUUUCUAACAUUAAGUAAUCAAAACACCAGUCAAAAGAACCCAUUACUAUUUGGGAAGUGGAUUUCUAUUACAGGAAGCAUAUCCUUCUGGUAGUAUCUAUGAUACCUGUUAAAACAGAGUGAUAAAAUGUAGUCGAU